ACUGAGUUGGCUUGUUGUUCUCGUUGUUGUGCGCCACCACCACCACUCUCUCUCUCGCUUCGUGUUCUUUGUUUUGCUUGACCACACACACACACGCACGCACACAUCCCACCUCAGUACCUCGGCCGCUGUUGUUGUCUUGUCCUCCCCUCCACCCUCGGGCUUCUUUGCUUCUUCUACGCUCCUUCGUUGCGUGGCCGCCUUGACUUACUGACCAUGGAAACUGAAACCAGCUUCUUCGACCUCUACGACGUCGACCUCAAGGACAAGCGCUCCGUGAUUGGAAAGGGAGCGUUCAGCACGGUGCACCGCUGUGUCAACAAGCGGACUGGCGAAGUGUGCGCCGUCAAGGUGAUUGCCCUCAAGAGCCUCAGAUCUUCAGAAAUCAACAAGAUUAAGCGGGAAAUCGGCAUCUGCUCCAGUUUGCAACACGAACACAUUGUGUCUAUGCGGCGUGCCUUCCGCGACGAGUCGCACUUCUACCUCGUGUUUGAGUACGUCUCUGGCGGCGAGCUGUUUGACGAGAUUGUCACGCGCAAGUUCUACAAUGAGAAGGACGCCAGUGCCUGCAUGCACCAGAUUCUCUCCGCCCUCCAACACUGCCACUCCAAGAACAUCAUCCAUCGCGACCUCAAGCCGGAAAACCUGUUGCUUGCAAGCAAAGAUCCAAAUGCGCCCGUCAAGAUCACCGACUUUGGCCUUGCCGUCAUCAUGGAGCAAGGCCCAACAUACUUUGGGUUUGCCGGGACCCCCGGGUAUCUGAGUCCCGAGGUGAUUCGUCGCGUUCCGUACGACACGGCGGUGGACGUAUGGGCCUGUGGCGUCAUCCUGUACAUUCUUCUGGUUGGCUACCCGCCGUUUUGGGAGGAGGACCACCAGAAACUCUAUGCGCAGAUCAAGAACUGCCAGUACGACUUUCCUUCGCCGGAGUGGGACUCCGUCACCACUGCAGCCAAGGAAUUGAUCAAAGCGAUGCUUGAGCCAAAUCCAAAGCGCCGCCCAACGGUGCAAGAGCUGCUCCAGCAUCCCUGGAUCGCGCGGCGCGACGUCCCCGGCAGCGUGCACCGUCAGGCCACGCUGGAGGAGCUGAAGAAGUUCAACGCCCGCCGCAAGCUCAAGGGCGGGGUCAAUGCUGUGAUUGGGGUGAGCAAGAUGAUGCGGACAAUGCAGGAGGCGACGCGUGCCCUCACGCUUUCCGCCAAGAGCAAACAGGCUGCCACCGUCGCCGAGAAACAGGACACCCUUGUCCCGGCAGGCCCAGCAAAGGCGGUGCUGGAGGUGAAUGACGAGCUCCUCAAGGCCGUUGCUUCUGGCGACUGGGACGCAUACACGACCAUGGUUGAUCCAAACGUGACAUGCUUUGAGCCCGAGGCCGCCGGCGUCCUGGCAAAGGGCCUCGCUUUCCACAAGUUCUUCUUCGAUAACCGCUCGCCGAACGCGGACAAGAUGAAGACGACUCUCCACGAUCCGGCCGUACAAAUGUUUGGCGACACCGCCAUUGUCACCGCCCUCCGCGUUGUCCAGUUUGUCGCUGACGAUGGUCCAAAGACGACACGAUACGAGGAGACACGCGUAUGGGUGAAGGACGCGGCGUUCAAGUUUGGAUGGAAGCUCGUGCACUUCCACCGCUCCGGUGCUCACGCCACGCCAAACUGACCUGACCAACGACAAUCACCAUGCACCGUGGCAUCCAGCAACACCAUCACAUAUGGCGACCAGUGUCUGCAGCAGCAAUUGCAGUCGUGGCAUGCUACAUUGCUUCCGUCUCAUGCAGAAACAGCAACUCUUCCACAACAACAGUGUGUGUGUUUGGAACGUUGUGAUGGUUGCGGUGUUUGCCCACUCUUCGUCCCGUUAUGGCACAUUGCCGGUGUCGCAGCAUUCACGCGCGUGCACUUGGUGUUGUCGUCCGUGGUCCUCUGUUCGCUUCUCUGGUGUGGGAGUUCUCAUCUUCCAUGUUGCAAUUGUGUCUUUGUUCUGGUUGUGUUUUGGUCCUGGUACUGACCGCUUAGCUGUCCCCACCCCUCCAGUGCGUGCACGUGGUGCAACCUGUCUCUCGCUUUGACUGCUUUGACUGCGAGACACGUUUGCUUGCUCGUUGUGUGUUGGAAUGGUUGCGCUCUUGGGUCGUUCUUCCUUCUCUCUUGCCUUCCUGUUACGCCGUUUGUCCUUUUCUCCCUGCUCUUUGUGCUGUUGGUGUGUGUGCGUGUAUGUGUGCGUUGCCUUGCAUGUGUGUUUUCCUCGCCACUUUUGUUCUCUUCUCACUCUCUCAAACCGAAUAAACCAACCCACGCACACUUGUGACGUGACGUGAUGUCACAU